UUCAUUACAGCGCAGUUUCCACGGCUAGAUUGUUAGUGUAGAGUUAAUGUUGAUUAGACGCGGUUCUCGCGGAUGUUGAGGAGAUUCCUGCGCCAAUCGACACUGCGCUCAGUGUUGUUAUUAAAACGGGUGUUUUUGUUGAUGUUGGUGUUUAAAUUUGAAUUUGGGGGGAGGACGUUUCACAAAGCACGAUUUCUUAGCCAGGUCAUCUCAAAGAUGCAGACUGUCCAUCAAGAGAAGAGCUCAGGGAUGUUCCUGCUGGACAGUCCUCAUCUUUAGGAUCCAGCUGUGCAGAACACCUCCUUGUAGGAUGACCUGUGUGGCAGGCAUUGCUGACCGAAGUUGGAGUGUUGCUGUCGCUGAGCGGCUGCUGGAGAGAUAACGGAGGAGAAAAACAGCAAGACACCGAGAGAAUGUUCGGGGAUCUCUUUGAGCAGGAGGGGGAGGGGCUCGGGGACUCGGGUGUGUCGGCAGGGGUUUGUGCAGGUGGAGGUAAGGAGCGUGAGCCACCGCCCCCCAGAGGACCCAUCCGGCUGAGCGGGAUCAGGAACCAGGGAGGAACCUGCUACCUGAACGCUCUACUACAGACGCUGCUGCUCACGCCGGAGUUCAGGGAGCAGCUGUUCAGUCUGGAGCCCCAGGAGCUCGGGGUCGUUAGGCAGGAUGAAGUGGACACCGAGGUACGUGUUAUUCCUCUGGAGCUGCAGAGGCUGUUUGCUCGGCUGCUGCUGCUGGACGAACAAACGGCUUCAACAACUGCACUGACCGACAGCUUCGGCUGGACAAACCACGAGGAAAUGAGUCAGCAUGAUGUUCAGGAGUUGAACAGGAUUCUGUUUAGUGCUCUGGAAUCUUCUUUGAUUGGCACAUCUGGCAGCGCUCUGAUCCAGGAGCUUUACCACGGAACGCUGGUGAACCAGAUCACCUGCAAGGAGUGUAAGAAUGUCAGCGAGAGACAGGAGGAUUUCCUGGACCUGACGGUGUGUGUGCGCGGUGUGAGUGGCCUGGAAGAGGCGCUGUGGAGCAUGUUUGUCGAGGAGGAAGUGUUUGAGGGAAAUAAUCUGUACCGCUGCAGUCGCUGUGAACGGCUCGUCCACGCCACGAAGUGUGCAAAGCUGAGGAAGCUCCCUCCGUUUCUCACCGUGUCUUUACUGAGGUUCAGUUUUGAUUUUGAGAAAUGUGAACGCUACAAAGAGACAAGCAGCUACAGUUUCCCGCUCAGUAUCGACCUGCAGCCUUACAGCGAACAGUCGUCUCUGUCGGACUCUGAGUUUUGCUAUGAGCUUUCCUCCGUUAUUAUACAUAAGGGCGGCUGUUAUGGAGGACACUAUCACGUCUACAUCAAAGACAUUGACCAGCUUGGCCACUGGGAGGCGCCGGAGGAGGAUGUGAAGGAGAAACAGACUCAGAGGAAAAUUCAGACUGUGAAAGGAAGUGAUGUUCCCAUGGACAUGGAGGAUCCUCUGUCUGUUCUUACUGUAGUUAUAGCUCAGGAAUCUUCUGGUAGUGUGCUGUUGGACCAGCUUGGCCAGAAACUGAUGGACAGAAUCGGUUUCUCUUGGAAUAAAAAGUUUAGGAAACAGUUUGGACCAAUUAAUAAGUUCCUCCGGAGCCACUCUGAUGUUUUCCUGUUGGUGUCAGACGGCUCCCGCGUGGCUCUGAACCCCAAACACACCAUCAACACCAACAUCCACACUAACGCUAACAGCCCCAAGAGCACUGAGGCAGAAGAGGGGGAGGAGGGGCUCAGUGUGGCACAGGAGGCGGGGCAUGAGGCAGAACACCAGUUGGGCACUGAGCAGAGCAGAAUGGGCGUGGAGUCUGAGAUCUCUUUGGGAGUGGAGCAUGAGAGCAGCUGCCACUGGUUUGAUCUGAACGACUCCACGGUGACGCCCAUACGAGAACGAGACAUCAGGAAGCAGUUUGAGGGAAAAGAGAGCGCAUAUAUGCUGUUCUACAGGAAAAAAUCACUGCAGAGACCACCGGAAGCGAGAGGAAACCCUGCUUAUAAAGUGCCUCCCCACCUGCUGGAGAUAAUCCAUGAGGAGAAUGUUCAUCUUCAGCAGAGACGGGCAGAGUUUGAUGCCAGCAGUAACACUGUUGAGUUUCGGCUCCAUUUGGCUCCUUGUUACUGCCCCCGGAAUGGAGCGCUGCAGCCAUUCAGCCCGGACACCAGCGCCAUCACCAUGACCUUUGACCGCAGGAAAACAGUAGGAGACCUGCGACUGGCUGUUUAUCAGAUGCAGGAUCAGUGGGAGGGGGACAUGGCACUGACCAUUGCUAAACACCUGCCUGCAGGAUUGCACCUGUACAACACACUUACAGAUGAUCAGCAGUCUCUGUACAGUGCUGGAGUAUCUAACGGUUCUGACUUGUUUGUCUGGAAUGGGAGAGAGGUAAACGGGGAGCGAGUGCAGGUCGGCACUGAGUGGGAGCCAGUGUUGCUAAACGUUAUGCGGCCAUGUGUCCAGCUGGAUGCUGGCUCUGACGCUGGAGAUGAAUCGGGGCUCCAGCGAUCCUCACAUGGGUUUCCUAGGGCACUCACGCUCAGCGGGGUUCGUGAGGCGCUGGGCCAACAGGAGGCACUUGUCUGCCAGGAGGAGAAGGGGGCAGAUCCAGAAGGAGGUGGAGCUAGUGGAUGGAGGGUGUGUUCCCCAGAGGCAAUGCGGAAAACCCUGCGUGAGCUCACACUCCGGGACGGAGACUCACUGCUGCUGCUCCCACCCAAACGUGCCAGCGACAGUAUGUUCAGUGUGAAUGGUGAUUUGGUGACUCUAAUGACGCCCUCUGACUGUCGUUGGCUGCAAGUGCAGUUUUGGCCACAGAGAGCAGCAGAGGAGGAAGAAGAGGGAAAGUUGAAGAAGAUUGUAGCUUCAGGAGACACGCUGCUGGGGGAAGUGAAGCAGAGAGCUCUGGAGGAAUUGCAGCUUCAGGAACAGCUUACAGGGGUACCAUGCUGUCUGAGGCAGCUGGAUCGAACAGGAAAACUUCUGCCUCCAGUGCGUGAAGAGCUGUGUUUACGUGAUGCAGGUAUCAGGUUGAUGACAUCACUGUAUCUGUGUCCUGGACCUGCCCCAGAAUGCUCUCAGCUGUUCCUGUACUGCAGAGUGAGCACAGCACCCUCCAGUGAGCCGGACCUGGAGCUCAUAGUGGAGGAAACGCUCUCAGUGAAGGAGUGUGUGAUGGAGAUGGUCCGAGCAGCUGGGCUGGAAGGAACCUGUUGGCACGUGCGUAGGAUGGACUGGUGUGAGGAGGUCGGGGAACCUCUUAGGGAUGAGAACGCUUCUUUGCUGGAAGUGGGCGUUGCUAACGGAGACACACUGGUGCUCACUGAAGGACAGCUGCCCCCUAAGGGCUUUCUGAAGUUGAUGAUAAGCUGGUGGUGCGGGUGGAGUGAAGAUCCAGGUGAGAUGAUGAAGUUUGUUGGGUUUGUGGAAAUCUCUGAAGAAGCUUCACUGCAGGAUCUCAGGUGUCAGGUGCUGACUCUGCCUGCGCUUGUGGAUGUGUGUGUGCCAACACCUGAAUUUCUCAGAGUUUGGUUGGUGGAAAAUCAGAGACUCAACAAGAUCCUCAGAGGAAACACACUUACUCUCAGGAAGAUGAAGGUGGUGUGUGGGAGUGAGGUUUGCAUUCAGAAGCUGCAGUGUGAGGAGAAUCUUGGGGUAAAAGAUGUUCUGCUGAGAGUGUGGAUGGGCGUGCCAGGCGAGAGGGCGUAUUACCCUUCUCAGGAGUUUGUUUGGGACGCUGGGCGAGACCCCUGCGCGAAGGGGCUUUACCAUUCACUCUCUUCCCUCUACGGCAUCUCCCCCGAAAACCUGCUGCUGGCCAAACACCUGCCUGAAAAACACACCUGGAUGCCCAUCCACAACUGGACUCAGCAGGUCUCCAAACGGAAGAAGAAGAAAAAGGUGGAGAGUCUUCAGGGAGCUCCAUAUUGCCUCAGAGAUGGAGACAUCAUCGGUGUGAAGAAUUUGCUUGUUGACUCUAAUAGAGAGUUCAAUACGCUGCAGGACGAGGAGGCCCAGCAGAGACUCAGGGAACAAACAGAGAACCGCAGGAAAGAAGGGCAUGCUAAUGUCACUCAGGAGGCAUGGCCUGAGGGAAAGACCAGAGCAACUAAACACAGGAAGCCUGAAGUGGCCUUGUCCAUCAAUGUGGGCGUGUUCAGAUAGCACCGCCUCAAACCAGAAGCCACACCCACGAGAGUCAAACCACGCCCAGCAGAACCUUCUGCCCAUGGACAGGUUGGGGCAACAGGACACCAGAGAACCAAUCAGAAUUCAACACAAGGAAUAGUAGAGGCUCAUGGGAAAUACUGUAAGGGGCUCAUUGCCGAUGUGCAGAGACCCUUCCCCCACAGUGCAUUGUGGGUAAAAUCUCUCACCUGCUGUUUUCUACUGUUCUGUUGUUUUUUACUGUACUAUUUUUUCAUUCUUGUGUUUUCUGAGAAGUUUUUUUUUUUGUUUUUUCGCUCAGCACAGCAGCUCCCCCAACUGGAGAAUAAGAUGUUUUGUUUAAGAGGCUGUGUGUGUAUAAGAAAAUUUACUGAAGCUGUUAUUUAGGUUUCUGUUAAUGGAGUGUUUGUAACGGUUCGGUGUAGGUUUCAUAUUGAAAUGUUGAUUAUAUGGAUGAACAUGUUCAUAAUUUCAUAACUUAAACUGGAUGCAGCAACGCUAACCAGAAAAACAUGCAGCAUCACUUUUAAUUUAGAGUCAGAUCAGAAUUCGAAGAACAGUGAGUCAAAGACCAUCAGAAAUAUACAUUUGAGGAAUGUAAAGGAAUAAACUUUUUUUUUCGAUUUUUUUGGGAAAUUAUUCAUUCUGUGGUUGUUGGAGGUCAGUGUUGGGGGUAGAACUGCCCUUGUGUUGGUGGGCGGAGCUGUAGUGAUGCUGGGUGGGGCUCUAGUUUUUGACCCCUUUACUUCAAACUGUGCAGUUUUACAUCAAAAUAUUCACAGAGCACUUUCCCUAUAAUAAUAAUAAUAAUAAUAAUAAUAAUAAUAAUAAUAACAACAACACGCACAUGACUGUGUUAAAAAAAGUCUGAAAUACUGUUUUUCUCUCUCUCUCACACACACACAGCUUAGUUUCAGCCUCUUUUUAUUUUUCUGAUUGGGUAAAUAAGGAUUUGUGGGUAACAUAAUAUAUAUUUUCAUUGUGCUGAUCAUGAGCAGUGUGCAGUGGGUCUGCAGAGCUGCACGUUUAUCACUUUAUUACAGCUGAUUUUAAUAGAAUUAGGAUGAAUCUUGUUCUGAUAUGGUUUUGGGCCGAGUUAUUAUGUUACUUUUGGAGAAAAACCUCAGAUAUUAUUGUUCAACAGUGUUUUUUAAAGUCACAUGAACGUUCAGCCUUUUGAUAAAUUUUUCUUUCAUUUUUUUUUUUUCUGUUAAUGAUUUCAGUUUGUAUCAACAGUUAAAAUAUCAGAGAAACUGUCAAAUAAAAUGAUCACUGAAAACCGGCA